CGUCAACCGACGACGUCGCUGAUAACAGUGGCCUUCAGAUGGCUUUCACAGCAUAUAUCAACGUACUUCAAGAAGAAUGUGCGGGGAUAGACACUCGUCUAGCAGGUCUAGAGAACAUCACCGGAAUACAGCUGUUCUUCAUUUCGAAUGCUAGGACUAUGUGCAGAAUAGCAGACCACGAAACUAUCAGCUCCGAUUUCAGCAGCGCAUCAUACAGCCCUGCGCGAACCAGGGUCAACGAGGCUAUGAAAAAUUUGAAAGAAUUUGCUGAGGCUUUCAACUGUUCACGUCAUUCCCCAAUGCGUCCAAACAAAACCUGCUCUUUUUGGUGAAGGAGAAUCAGACGACAACAGCAUAAAUAAACUAUUCUGAAAAGUUAAAUAAAUAAAUGCUAUCAAUAAGCAAGUCUUAUUGCUUAAUGAGUU